ACCAGUGAGUAGUGUGCAGGUAGGCCCUAGGAUGGCUGCCGGAGUAAGGGUAGCUGUUAUACUCAUCCUACUCGCUCUUCGCUGUGUCAAUGCCAACUGGUGGUUGCUGGGAUUGCAAGGACCUCACACAGGAGCUGGGCUAGGACUGAGUCACAAGGAGAACUGUCACAGACUGCAGUACCUGGUGGAGAGGCAACAACAACUUUGUGGCCUCAGCGAAAACAUUCUUGGGGCUAUUGGCAACGGUGCUAAGAUGAGCAUAGAGGAAUGCCAACACCAGUUCCAUAUGAGCAGAUGGAACUGUACGACAUUCAGCAACACUUCUUCUGUUUUCGGAGAAGUUGUCACGAUAAAAAGUCGAGAAACAGCGUUCGUGUACGCGAUCUCGUCAGCUGGUGUUGCGUACGCGGUGACCCGUGCUUGCUCCAGAGGUGAAUUGACAGAAUGUAGUUGCGACAAUCGUGUACGACUGAGAAAACCUCGUAAGAACUGGCAGUGGGGAAGCUGUUCUGAAGAUAUCCAUUUUGGAGAGAAGUUCAGUCGUGAAUUUGUGGACGCCCGAGAAAACCAUGAAACUGCCGAAGGCUUAAUGAACCUUCACAACAAUGAGGCGGGAAGGAGGAUAAUCCGAUCACAGAUGCAGCGAGUUUGCAAGUGCCACGGAAUGUCUGGCUCAUGCAGUGUGCGUGUUUGUUGGCGAAAGCUGCCCUCAUUCCGUCAAGUCGGGGACAUUCUCACGGCCAGGUUUGAAGGAGCCUCGUACGUCAAAAUGGUGGAGAAACGCAGGAAAAGAGUGAAAAAAUUACGAGCUGCCAUCAGAGAACUUAAACAACCUAACAGGACAGAGCUCGUAUACCUUGAGGAAUCACCGGAUUACUGCGAGCGUAACGAGACGCUGGGAGUGCUGGGUACGAGGGGUCGGCUUUGUAACCGAGGCAGUCCGGGACUGGACGGAUGUCGUCUGCUGUGUUGCGGCCGAGGGUACCAAACGAGGGUGAAAGAGGUGGAAGAGAAGUGUCACUGUCGCUUCGUCUGGUGUUGUGACGUCAAGUGUGACUUGUGCCGGUACAAGAGAGAAGAACACAUCUGCAACUGAACGUCCUCUGAUGUUCUUCAGAACACUUUUGCGAUCUGUCAUUGUGUUGUAUUUUCCGGUGUUCUACGCCAGAACACAUGUACAACUGAAUGUUGCCACAUUUUGUCCUUCAUCGAGAACACUUUUGCUACUGAUAUAUCUGUGUUUUAAUUUGAGGUAAAAUAGACUUUUCCCGUACUUUUCUUAACUACGUUACAUUUAGGGAGGUAAGGGAACUCUUCCGUUUUUCAAGUAACCUAAAUAUCUACAUUUACCUAACCACCCUAUCCAAUAUCUAAAGUAGAUCGUUAGGUAAAUGUAGAUAUUUAGGUCACUUGAAAAAGAGAGGAGAUCCAUUCGAAACGUAAUGUAGUCACACUUAGCGUAGGAAAAGUCCAUUUUACCUUAAACUAUGUAUGUCUGCCACUGCUACGUCACACUUCCAGAACACUUGUAACAAAACAUGAUUGCCAUGACACAAGCGUUCUCUACUCGAGCGGCUGCAGAUGAUUGCCUUAGUGUUCCAAUGCUCUUCUCUCUGAAUUGUUCUCAAGUUUCAAUCUGCUGAUAUACUAGAGAUGGAUUGUAAGGACUAAAAAUAACAUUGUUGAAAGUUAGGACAGUGUUUUAACAAACAAAUUGAGACUUGUGGCUCUUUUGGGAGUAUUCAGAUUGCCAAGAAAUGGUGCUGGCUAAAGAAAACAGUUUACCAGACUUCAGUAACAAAGCUCCACAAGGCACCAUCCUACACUAAUUAUUAACUCCCAAUAGUCUAGUUGUAUAUCCCAUUGUGACUGGUAAAUUUGCUAACAUCAAAUAACCUUGAAACUGGUACCAAUGCUAUUUUUGUCAAGUACCAACAUAUAUUUGACAGUGUCAAUAAUAGCUUUGAAAAAAUAACCAUUUCUAAUUUGUUUAAUACAAUUUUGGAAAAACUUAACUGCAAACCUUACAAUACUAUACAAUCAACAUUUUAUCAAUCAAUAUUACUUUACUGGGAGAAUUCAUCUCAGUCCUGAAAACUGUUUCAGGUUGUUCUAAGAAUUUCCUGCUCCCUCAGUUACACUAUAAUACUCCGUUUUACAAAUGGACAUAAUACUUCAGUUAAGAAGUUACCAUAAAACUUCAUUACUAUAGCUGAUAAAAAAAUUUUUGUUUAUUUUGAAUUCUAUGUAGUCUUCUUUCAUACCGGAUUGAUUAGAAACACUUUAUUAUUAACUUUAAAUUGUUGCAAAUACUUUGCAUUUAUGCGAUCUAGAACACAG